AUGUCUUUCUCCUCGUUCAAUUGGACAGCGCUCGCCGUGGCUGUUGCAGCGGUUGCCAUUUUCUGGACCCUCUCAUCCACGACAUCCUCGCCGUUCACAAGCUCCUUCCCACGACUGCAGAAUAAGCGGAUUUGUCUGUUGAUUGCCCAUCCCGAUGAUGAGGCAAUGUUCUUUGCGCCAUCGGUCCUGGCCCUCACCAAGCCAGAGCUGGGUAAUCACUUGAAAGUUCUCUGCUUUAGUACCGGCGACGCAGACGGACUCGGCGAAACCCGCAAAGAGGAGCUCAAAAAGUCUGCCCUACAACUCGGCGUCCGCGACGAAAACGACGUCUUCAUCGUCGACGAUCCUGCCCGAUUCCCAGAUAGUAUGACAGCAAACUGGCCCGAGAAAGACGUAACCUCCCUCCUCGCCUCCGCCUUCGCACCCGACCUCGCCGCUACCCUAAACGGCACCGCAAAGAAGGAUCCCAAGAAGGCACCAACCGCUACAAUUGACAUCCUUCUCACAUUCGACCGCCACGGCGUCAGCAACCACCCCAACCACCGUUCUCUCUAUCACGGUGCGGUGAACUUCCUUCGCGUCCUGAUGAAGGAUAAGGAAGGUUUUGCCUCUCCCGUUACGCUGUAUACGUUGACCUCGCUUUCUAUUUUCCGCAAAUAUGCGGGUGUUCUUGAUGCGCCGGUCACGAUGCUUCAGGGUGUGUGGGGUGAUUUUCUCUCUGGCCUGCGUGGGAAGAGGAAGGAUGGUUCGGAUGCCGAACCCAGACGGUUGCUUUUUGUAAGCUCAAUUCAGGAGUGGAUGACGGCGCAAUCAGCUAUGGUUAAGGGACAUCAGAGUCAAAUGGUUUGGUUCCGAUGGGGUUGGAUUACGAUUGGGAGAUAUAUGACCGUGAAUGAUUUGCAGAGGGAGAAGGUUUAG